AUGGCCAUGGUUCAAGCCUACCAGCCUUUGUUCGAGAUGGCCCUGGACUUUGUCUUCUCGCCUGAGAUGACCCUCACCUUGUUCAUCGUCCUGAUGACCUAUGAUCUUCGAAGGAGGAGAAUCAUGUGGCUACCAAGUGCAGGCCACACGCGGUUCGCCGGCUCGGCAUGGCGACGAAUGACCGGCAGGGCCAAUGUAGGAGCUGCGCCUCUCGCCGGGCGAGCGCGGCUGCGGCGCUUCGCACCUGCACCUGUGGCGGCGGUGUGCCGCUUCGCAUGUGCCGUCGCUGAUCCUGGAGGGUUCGCUCCGAGCGUGCUUUUUUUCAUGUGUGAGGAUGAUGCGCAGCUGAAGCGGACCUUUGCAGGGGCUUUGAGCCUUGGUUUUCAGAGCCAAUCCCGUUUUUUCGUCUCGCCGCUCGUCCGCGCAGCGCGUGUCGCAGCGGACGGCGGAACGUCCGCGUGGAGACGCUUUCCGCGCUACGACGCGCUGGCGAUCGUGCCAGGCCAGGCGCUGGCAGAGCUGCGAUCGUGCCGGCCACAGGUGCUCUACUUGGGCUACACGCAGGCGGCACCCUGGCGGAGACGCAUCGGCCCCUCCGUCCGUGAAGCGGAGUAUUUGUGGACGACGGUGGCCUACGUUUUGUGGCCUUCGGGGGCUCGUCGUCUUUUGGAGGAACUCCCAGUGGAUCAACCCGUGGACAACUUCAUGUCGCAGCUCAUGGCGCGGAAGAAGCUCCGCGGCUUUGCGACGGUGCCGCCUUUGGCCGCUGGUGCUGGAGGGUUUGGGUGCUCCUUUGGGGGGGGGCUUUUGGAGGGUUGGGUGGAGAAAAGAGCGGAAGUGGAUCUGGAAGAUGAGAGAGGGUUCAUUUUGGAUUUUUGGCUCCACUAG